AUGGCGGCCGACCAGGCGCCGAGCUCCCCGCUGCUCAACAGCCGGAAGCGGUCCACGCCGAACUUCUCGGGCGGACAAACGAGCUUGGACAGACCGGAGGGCUUCGAGCGAGACGCGUUCAGCAACGACUGCAGGGUAUGCUUCGAGAAGCCUGUGCGGGUGGUCCUGCUGCCGUGCCGCCACGGAGGCCUAUGCGAGGACUGCUAUAAGGGCACGUUGUUCUCCAGACCUCCCCACCGCGGAGGCCGGCAGUGCCCAUUCUGCCGCCAGACCAUUCAGGAGGCAGUGCAGUUGUGUCCCCUUCCCGGGGAGGCCUUGCAGUACGGUUACGGUGUCAAGGUGCUUUAG